AUGCUGAAAAGAAGCUUUAUUGACACUCUUCCAAUUCAACUAAAAUCCAUCAUAUUUGCAGACCAACAAGAAGAUCAUUCCCUACCAUCUUCUUCUUCUUCUUCAGCUUCAACCUCCUUUUCUUCGAUUCUGCCAGCUUCGGCACCUUCUUCAUCGGCUACUUCCUCGGACCCGCCGUCUCCCUCCGUCUCCUCGGUCCCCCCUUCUCCCUCCAUUUACUCAUUCGACUCGUCUCUUAUCAAGUCCACCCCGCUGGAUGAAAAGGCAUCGACGUUUCUAAUUGCAAAGUUGCUUGAACAGAAGGGGAUCAUUUUCACUGAAUUCAAUAACAUCCAGUUGAAGCUGUUUGACGUGGAUUCCACUCUAAGCCAUGAAGAAUUCGAUAGGCUGAUGACAAAAUUGGAUGACAAUGGUAGGCAUCUACUAUGUGAGAAAAUCAAAUUGAUUUACGGCUUCAAUAGCUUGACAUCGUUUAUCUUGAGGUUGAUUAAUAUACUCAACUUCUCAACCUUCUUUUCGAUAUUCGACAUUACCUCUAAUAUAAAACUAUACGGAUUCUACUCUCUAAGUUACAAAAAUCCUGUUGAAAUCCUUGUGAAACAGAUAAGGAAUGAUCUGUUUAUUGUCAAAUCUUUCAAGGAAUUCACUCUCCAGGAAAUGAAGAGAGAGCAUGAUUUCCACUUGCCGUAUAAGGAAUUCAAGAGAUUAAAUCUAAACGACGGAAAUUUGGUUGUUGUGAAAAUCUUGUUUAAGAAUGAACAAAAACCAAUUGAUUUAUCCUUGAUUAGACCAUUGCUGCCAAAGAUUCAAAUGUUGCAUUUAUCGUUGGAGAAUGAAUCAAAAUUGAAACCAUUCAAUGACUUGAUUGACCAAUUUGGUUCAAAUUUGAAAUACCUCAAGUUUGGAGUUAAUAGGGGUACUUUCCAAAAAAUACCGAACAAGAAUAACAUUGACAUUCUGAAAUUGGUCAAUAUCGACAACCUGGACUUUAUCAAUGGGUUGAAGGACUGUUCCUCACUUGAUGUUUUCUUUGAUAAUUGGGAAUUGAGGAAAAACUGUGACAUUAAAUUCCAGUCGAGUUUUAUCAUUGAUUUCGAAAUCAAACAAAAGAUUGAAAAUUUGAAAACUUUGAACAUCUUCCACACCUAUAUCGACUCGAAAGAUUUGAGCAAAUUGAAAUACUUCCCCAAUUUAACCCAUUCAAAAAUCUCAUACGUGAUACUUGAUAACAACGGUUUUGACAUGAGUGAAUGUUUGAAUUUACAAGAACUGAAGAUCCACUUUACGUAUCAGAAAACACAUGACGAUUUGGUUGACUAUAAUGACAAUUUCAAACCAGAUAAUAUCCAAUGGCCAACUAACUUGAAGAAGUUAUCAAUCACAAUCCAUAACAUCAAGAAUUUAAUUCAAAACUUUUCCAUUAGGUUGAAUAUUUUGAGAAAAAUCUCGAAACCUUUACCUCCUUCAAUUGUCGAUCUAUGUAUUGACAUUAGUUAUGACACGGGUGGUUCGGGACCUGAACUUUAUUCGAUCUCGAGAGAUGAUAUACUUAAAAUUUCUUCUUUAAUCAACCAGAUUCUAACCAACAAUUUGGAGAAUCUGAAACUAAAGGGUAUUUCCAGGUAUAAUUAUAAGAUCGGUAAGCCUUUAAUUUUUUCUGCAAUCAAUUUCCCAACCUCAUUGAAACUGCUUUCCUUGAAUGACUUUAUACUUGACUAUAACUUUAUCAAUUUACCAAAUUUGAAAAAGCUUUAUUUUGAGCAUUCACUUUUUGAUUCAGAUUUUAAGCUACCUUCAAGUGAAGAAAUCCUAAUUGAAAAGUGUACUUUCAAGGACUUGUCAUUUAUUCCAUUGGACUCAACGAAAAUCGAAUUUAAAAUGUGUACAUUCAGAAAAGUACCUUCUUACAAUGGGGAUAUUUCCAAUGUUAUCAUCAAUAACUGCCGGGUCAUGGAACAACCAACCAAUAAUGUCUUUCAGUUUCAACAACACCUCCAGAGACAACGCAAGAAAGAUAGGCCUCAGCAGCAGCAGCACCAACAACAACAACAGCACCAACAACAACAACAACAGCACCAACAACAACAACAACAACAGCACCAACAACAACAACAGCACCAACAACAACAACAACAACAACAACAACAACAACAACAACAACAACAACAACAACAACAACAACAACGCUCACAUAAUGCUUCACUUUCUGCUGCCUCCGCUCGUGAGUUUGACCAACCAUUCUUAAACGGAUUCAUCAAUGAAUUCUCAAAUCUCCCAAACUCUCAACCACAUUCUCCCUUCCCGAUGGCAUUUGGUACUUCGAACUCGAAUUCAUUGCCAUUCAUGCAGAACGAUAUGAUCAACCCAUUAAACAAAGAUUUGGAGUUUCAAUUGGGAAAUCUAUCUUUAAACUCGACUCAGCAGCAUCAACACGCAAAUUCAAUACCAAUGACAUCCCCUCCAUUAUCAGCAUCCGAAUCAAUCUACAGUAACCAUCAUCCACUAGCCAACCCUCUGGAUUCUCUCUACGAUCCGCAGUUCUUUUUCAACAACCUACCAAAUAUUGGCUCCACAUUGAUGAAUCCAAUUCCUUCUAGCUUGGAUGAUGCUUUCCUCAUGUCCCAAUCCUCAAGUCUUUCUGGAUCAACAUCCUCGAUACUUCCACAGGCACGCCCUUCAGGUAAAUUCAACUAUCCUGCAGUACCUAAUGGUGCCAUUCCUUUUAACUCGCAGUUUAUGGAUGAGGAUGAUAUACAUCAAUACAGAUGA